AAUAAAUAGUUUCAUUUCGUGCGCGUGUUCGUUGACAGAGUUUUAACUAUUUGGUAAUUGAUAUUUUAAUUUUUUGUAAUUCUUUGGCUGUAUCCCAAAAAAAGGAUAAUUUAAAAAUAGUUCUAGCAAUGUAUCAAGUAAAACCAACUAGCGUAGAUUUCGAAAUACAAAUUCCUAAUUGCAUGUAUAAGGUUAAAAUUGACCAAACAUCAUCCACUGCUUUGCGAACUAACGAAGAAUUUAUUAAAGUUAAUCAUACUACGGUGAAAUCUUUUGAUAUUCUGGAUGGCAAAAUUAACACUUUAUUAAAAAAAAGUGACAUGGAGAAUAUAGAAGCACGGCAAGAAUUACUCUUAGAUCAAUUACAUAAAUUUAAAACACGACUUUUAGAAAUUCGAAAAAAAUUAAAAUUGAAUAUAUCGCCCAAAAAAGGUAACACGACAGUAAAUAAAAACUUAAAAAACGAGGAUCUGGGGUUUAGAAAAAAAUCGUUAGAUAUUUUUGAAAACUAUUCCGAAAUUGAUAUCGUAGUUAACGCUCAUCCAAAAUUUGUGCCCUAUGGAUUGCUCGGAAUAAAAAAUGCUUGGAAAAAUCAAGUUAAUUUCGAUGUAAAAAUUUUUUCUCACUCUACUUUACAAGAUAUCUCACCAGAAGCGAAACAUUUCCAAAAGCAAAUUACAGAUGGAAGUAUUACGAAUUCAAAAAAUCCUUCAAUUAAAACCACAAUAAUUUGGAAAAACUGUGAACAUACUGAAAUGAUAAGCUCUCCCACAAUGUAUAAACCAAUUUAUGGAGAAAUAAAUAUUUUACGAUUUUUGGCUAGGAUUGGACCAUACGACUUUAGAUAUGAUUUCACUUCAAAUGCUAAUCAAAUCGAUUCUAUUCUCGAUAUUUGUUAUCAAUUGUUGCGAUGCUCCGGAAAUGCUCAGCAAGAACUUUUAAGAAAUUUAAGCAAACUCUUAGAUAAACAGAAAUUUUUUGGUGGUGAAAAUUUAUCUAUUGCCGACAUAGCAGUUAGUAGUUCCUUAAAAAGAAUUCAACAGGCCGCAUUAAAAAAUUUGCCAGAAAAUAUGAAAAAAUGGCAAAAUAUUAUAAAAAACAUUUUAUAUUAAUUCAGUAGGCGUAUUUAUAUAACUUGAUUUAUUUAUUAUAUUGAUCUUGCUUUCCGAUUGAAUUUAAUAAAAUUCAAAUUAAGUCUAAUCAAAA